CUUUUCAGCUCUAGAGGAAUAAAGCACAAUCUAGCAACCGAACAUGACGAAGUAUCAAGUCAUCCAUAUUCGGAAGUGGGAAUAUCAACCGCAGCUCUCUGAUUUUAUUUUCAUCUUUACUCGUAAAUAUUCAGCCAUCAUUUCUUGUUAUUGGCACCGCCAUGUCCGAAGCCAACUCUCAGAAACCUAAGUCGACACACGAUCUUCGUCCCACACCUUCAGCCGACCCUUCUCACCCCAGAGCACCAAUCCGGAGCUCUAAUGGAGGCGGGUACGCUGGUGGUACUUCGUUUCCGAACCCACCCGACCCGGUGAACCCGGAUCCUUCCACUCUCAGAGAGCAAUGGAGGUUUGCUAUCAGGCAAUACAGUAAGUGGUCUUCUUACGCAUGGGGCGCUGCCAUACUCGCGGGUGCCUCCUUUUUUGCCCUUGGCUGGAUCGUCAAAGGCGGCAAUCCCUUGCCCUCCUUCGAUUCAGGUCGCAAACCUGAAGACUCCAAGCCCGAAACAAACUGAUAAAUGGUGAAUUCGAUUUCGGUUUUGUAGCGCCCAGAGUGGGGGAAAUGCUUGUUGGUGAUACUAGGGUGGGGAUAUGAGCUUGGAUCAGCUAUACACUUUCAAGUCUCAAGCCUCAAGCUAGGCGCCUCAGAUCACUAAAGAAAGAAUGGUGCUGGUUUAGGGUUAAACAUGUAAUCCAUCAUAUCAAAUGUGAAUCCAAUAAUAUCUGUAUAUUAAUAUACACCUGUGUUUUUUUGCUUUUCUGUUAUGAAUUAAAUAAAUAGCAAGGUAUUAGUGUGUUCUUGCUUACAUGCAUAAUCAACAUGAGAAUUGCAAAAUGCUGUUGGACAAUUUAUUAUAUUCAGACCAG